GUGGGGACGAGCGACGGGGUAACAAGUAAACGCUGGGCGGAGGGGCUGGCACGGAAGGUGCCAGGCUGAUGUGGCUCUGUGUAACGCAGCUGCAGUGGGUGCACGUUGAGUGGCUGACUUGAAGCGCGGGGUGGCAGAGCCGCUUGACAAGCUUCUUCUGCAGCUGAAAUUGGACAACCAGUGAUCAUGUAGCCGGGCUGGCCUUAAGGGUAACUCCUCCUCCGUGUCGCUUACGUGAGGCAAGGGGCUGUGGAAGGCAUCAGAGUGGACAUUUACUGCAUGCUUGCUGUGUGGCCGGCCUGUGCAGGACAGUUGUUGUGGAUCACCUCCAGUAACCUCAUAGCACACUCGGAGGUGAUGGCCGCACGCUGACGUGGCUGCAGACCGAGUUUUGAGGCUCCAGCCAUCCUGUGGCUCAGCAAGCACUGCUUGCUACCCAAUGGCCGCCCCCAAGUGCCCCUCGAGCCCAGUGCCCUGGGAGCAGGACAGCUUCCUUCGGGUGAAGGUAGAGGAGGAAGAGGAAGAAGCCGGCUUCCUCCCCGGCCGGGAAUGCAGCCCCAGCCCCAGCGCCCGCCUUGAGGCUGCGCGCCUGCGCUUCCGGCGCUUCCACUACGCGGCGGCGUCCGGCCCCCACGAGGCGCUGGCCCGCCUGCGGGAGCUGUGUCGCGCGUGGCUGCGGCCUGAGUGCUGCUCCAAGGAGCAGAUGCUGGAGCUGCUGGUGCUGGAGCAGUUCCUGGGUGUGCUGCCCCCUGAGAUCCAGGCCUGGGUGGGAGCCCAGCGCCCCAAGAGCGGGGACGAAGCGGCCCUGCUGGUGGAGGGUCUGACUCAGCUGCUGGACAAGAGAGGAUGGGAGCCAGGAGCUGAGCCUAAAGAGGCAGGCUGCAAGCAGGGAAGUUCAGAAGAGUCAGGGCCGCAAGAUGUGGCCACUGAAAUCUUCAUGGGAGGUGGUUCCCCUAAAUCCACCUUUGUCAGUGCCUGUGAACCUGAGGAAGGCUCAGAGAGUCGGGGACAACUCUUAGGGGCAACCUGGAUGAGGUCUGCUGCCCAAGAGAUGGAUUUCAAAAGAGCUCUGGGCCCGCAUGCGGAUGCCCUAGAAGACCAGGCAGACCAUGCGUCUGAUGCUUCAGGAAGCAGUUCGAACGUGUGGCCAGACUUCCCCUGCCAAGAGCAGGCUUCUGCAGAGCAGAAAUGUGGUCCAUCGGACAGUUAUGGGACAGUGGACACAUACGCACCCUACAGGUGUGGUAAAUGUAGGAGAACAUUCCAGAACACCUCAGCCCUGGAGGCCCACCAGAAGAGCCACUCUCGAAAAACCCCUUAUGCGUGCACCGAAUGUGGGAAGGCCUUCAGCCGAAGCACGCACCUGGCCCAGCACCAGGUUGUGCACACGGGGGCAAAGCCCCAUUCGUGUAAAGAGUGUGGGAAAGCCUUCAGCCGAGUCACCCACCUGACCCAGCAUCGGCGCAUCCAUACUGGGGAGAAGCCAUACGGGUGCGAGCACUGUGGCAAGACGUUCAGCCGCAGCACCCACCUCACCCAGCACCAGCGGGUGCAUACAGGGGAACGGCCCUACGAGUGCAGUGAGUGCGGCAAGGCCUUCAGCCAGAGCACCCACCUGACGCAACACCAGCGCAUCCACACCGGGGAGAAGCCGUACAGGUGCGAGGCGUGUGGGAAAGCCUUCAGCGACUGCUCGGCGCUGAUCAGACACCUGAGGAUCCACUCAGGAGAGAAGCCCUAUCAGUGUAAGGUUUGUCCAAAGGCCUUCACUCAGAGCUCCUCCCUCGUGGAGCACCAGCGGAUCCACACAGGAGAGAAGCCGUACAAGUGUCGCGACUGUGGGAAGGCCUUCAGCCGCAGCUCGGCUCUCAUGGUGCACCUGAAGAUCCACGUCACCGUGGUGCAGUGACUGGGAGCUCCCUGCCGAGCAGAGCCUCCCUCUGAGGCCUGACACCUAAGAAAACCCUGAAUUCCACAAGAGCCACGAACCAGAUGGGUUGGUAACAGAAUGACAAGGUGCCUAAGGGAAGACUGGGGCCACCUGGAAACACCUCUGUAUUUGAGGACCUGUGUGAAGUCUCCUGUUGAACACAGAGAUUUUGUCCAGCUGGCAAUGUUUCCAGAAGGUUCCUGCUGCCUUCCAUAUUCCACUCAGGCUGUUCCCAGACAGAGGACAGCUGAGCUGUGGAUUUGGGGUUUUCAGGGCUAGAGCGAGUGAAGACCAGUGUCUUGUCGGAGCUCGAGGGCCCUGGGACAGGAGACCCCAGGUCUGUGUUUUCACGUGGCUGCCCUUGCCAGUUCCUCUGCUGCUCAUCGCAGAAGGGAUACACACCCAUCCCUGCCUCUGUGCCUUCACACCCACCUCCACAUUAACUCGUGCCUCACUCCAAGGCCAACUUGUGGGUUUGCCUCUCUGGUGAAGCCAUCACACCCUCCUACCUUUCUCGGUCUACCCAUGAUGCUGCUUGACACCUGCCCUCACACCUCAGCCUCCAGUCCCGUUGCUACCUCAGGCUCAUCUCUAAUCCUGGCUCUCCUUCUCCACUCUUCUCUGAGAGCCCUCAUCACCUCCCCCUGGGCUGAUAUCAGGGCUUUCCUUCCUCACUCCUCUUUGCCUUCAUUCUCUCCUCCAGUUUCUUCCUCCAGGGCUCUUUCUGCCACCCAACUCUGAUUGUGUCAUUCCAUGGCAGGAAGCCAUCCAGUGGAUCACUUUCUGCAGCAAACUUUCUUGCAUAGGUGACAAGCUGGCUAAGGUAUAGAUCAUUCAGACCUAAGCUGCUGUUGAGUUAUCCUCAAAUGUGCAGAUGAAUGUUGUCAUUUGUACAUGGUGAUUUGAAAGUGGUGUCCUGUCGUAAGCCAAACUCCUCACUUGUUCUGGACCUGCCCUCCCCCAGACUCAUAUGCUACCUGAACCCCACCUCCCCAUACCAGCCAGGCAGAACUGCUUCAGCUUCCCAACAAGGUGUGCUUUCCCCACCUGUGUGCCUUCUCACCUGUUUCUGGAGCUCAGAUUUCCCCUUUCCUCCAGGAAGUCUCAAAUGUCCUUCCCUUAGGAGCCUCCCCUACCACCGUGACCUGAUUUCAACUUGCCCUCUCUGUUGCUGGGGGGUGCCCAUACUUAACCUGUCUUACACCUCCUUCCCUAUCGUUAUACUUACUUCUUGCAGAGCCCACGGAAUGGGUUUCCGGUGGACACAAUGCACAAGCUGCAGCAGCCUCUGUCCACUGUCUCCUGAGUGUGACCUUCGGGCAGUCGCCAUGCGUCACCCAGUACUGUCCUCAUACACACUGACAUGAAUGCCUCAGUACCCAGAUAAGUCCAGCUGCCUAAACCAAAUGGCUGUGCUGACUCUUCCUCGUCUACGUCCCUUUAUCCCCCGGUGCCACAGGCUUACAGCAUGCCAGCACUCUGCCAGUAUCCUUCUAGAUCCCUGUGUCCUAGGGUCCAAGUCUGUAACUGGAUACCUGUUUCUCUGGUGGGCCGAUCAUGUUCUGAAUGCAGCAGCGUUCCUGUCACUCCCUGUCAUAAAUAAGCAGAUCCCAGAGCCUGAAGAACAGGAAGGAGAGGCCUAGGAACACAGAGACCUUCCCUUAUCCUUCCCAUCCAGGCAGAGACAAAGCGUAUUGUGGCUGAGGUUGAGAGACUGAGAGAAAGGUGACAGACUUAGCGAAGAACUCACAAGCAGGCCUGAUGAAAUGAUGCUGUCAACUACAGGGAACAGAAGGGAAUUGGGCUUGCAAUGGGUCUGCAGAGCCCUACUCCUCCCAGAGCUGCUUGUGGAACCUCAAAUAAGAGGCUCGCCUAGACUAGGGAGAUGGCUCAGUAGUUAAAGGUGCUUGCUUGUAAAGCCUGAUAGCCUGGGGUCAAUUUCCAAGUACCCACAUAAAGCCAGAUUCACACUGUCACAUGUGCCUGGAGUCCA